CAUUUAUAACCAGAGUGUCUGGAGGUCGACCUUCCGUCGCGCAGACAACAAAGAGGAGGUGACAACGUGAGAGUGCCGCACACGUGCCGUGUUCCGGUCGCAACGUUCGAACAUCCGUUUCCGGUACCCUAAAACUAUUGAGCCGGAGUGCUGUGAAUGUGUCCAGUGUCGGUGUGCCGGGAGACAGUUUAAAAAGUUCGUUUGCCGUGUCCGUGAACGUCACGUGGACCGUUUGUGAAGCCAGACAGCAGAUGGAAGGCAGAUCAGUCCUGUUGCUGUCACCGCCGGCAACGCCACCGUUGCAGGACACCACCACCGGCUAUGAGUCGGUGGAAAACUUGAAGAUGAAUAACGCAGUCAAAGCGGCACUGAAGCGCAAGCUCGAGAUUGCGGCCGCCGGUGCGGAGGAAGGAGACAGCGCAAGGCCACACUUCGCCACGCCGACCCACUCGGACGCGUCGGAGGACGAGUCGGAUCUGCCGCCGCGGAAGCGCCAGUACGUGCGCGAUCCGGAUCAACUGGAAACACAUGCCGCGCUGCAACAGCAACUGCAGCGCCAGCAACAGCAACAGCAGCAGGAGCAGCUGGCCACCACCUGUGCGCCCACGCCCCCACCGUCCGAGUGCGGGUCCGGUUCCGAGGACGAGACGACCAAGUCCGGCUCGGACGAGGAGCGGUGCUACUUUCAAAAUGGCACCCAGGAUGCGGCCACGGCUGCUGCACCCCGCGCCAGCGUGAUCAUGCGCAUCAACAAGGAUGGAUCGUGCACGGCCCCCACGGGCUCGGGGCCGGGUGCGGAGGAAUCCUGCGGUGCGUCGCUGAACAUUUUCCGCAGCUACAAAUUCAAAAUGGGUCCCCGGAUGUCACCACCACCGGUGCCCGUCGUCGCUCCACCGUCGGCGCCACAGGAGGACGCCAAAGGACAGUCGGCCGCAACGAUGAUGGCCGCUCCGGCCGCUGCCACCGCCGGGAAGAGGAAGCGAAAGGAACUGACCCCCGGCCCGGUGUCACCGAUUCUCCCGAAAGCACCGCUCGUCGCCACCGCCACCGCCACCGCCCUGCCUGUGAUAGCUCCGAAGGUUGUGGCAGCGGUCCCACCGGCGGCAGCACCUCCCUCCACCACCCAACUCAUCUUUGCCACGCAAAACGGUUACUUUCUGGUGCCCCCGCAUCACAACCUGCUGCUGGCCGCGACGCCCACCGGUCUGGAGAGUGGCGGGCGCCCCAAGUCACGCUCGACGGCCACCUCGUUCAGUGUGGCCCUUGCCGAACGGCAGCAGCAGCAGCAGCAACUGGCGACAAAGUCGGGCCAGGUGGCCCCCCGGGCUCCCAUCGUUGCGCCACCGGCGCCUCAGCCAGCGGCCAGCAAACCGGAACGGCGCCGUAUCUACGAGUGCGAUCACCCGAACUGUGGCAAGAACUACUUCAAGUCGAGCCACCUGAAGGCGCACCAACGCAUCCACACCGGCGAGCGACCGUUCAACUGCAAGUGGCCGGACUGCGGCCGCCGCUUCUCGCGCUCCGACGAACUGUCGCGCCACAAGCGCACGCACACCGGCGAGAAGAAGUUCGCGUGCGAGGUCUGCGAACGUCGGUUCAUGCGCAGCGACCAUCUGGCCAAGCACGUCAAGCGCCACAACAAGGACAGCCCGGCCGGCACGGCCAAAGCGCUCGGAUCCCCGAGCCGACGACGCACCGCCGUCGCUGCAGCUGCUAGUCAACAACCGUCAGCGGCCACAGGCAUUCUGCCGGCCGAGAUCACCCUAACCAUGGCCCGGGCCCUCUAUCCGGCCUCCGCCGGCGUCUUCCCACAGCCGCCGCCGGCGCAGCCGUUCGUCUUCGCCCGGAGACACCCGGAAGCCGGCGACGGUCAGUAAGCCAUUCCAGUGUCCCAGUGUCACUUUCACCGCAUUUUGGGUUGCCGUGUCUAUCUCCUCUCUCACCGGCGCUCUACGGGGAGGCGUGUGGUUCCUUGGCCGUCGGGGGGCCGUGGCCGCUAUCUGUGAUCGUUUUUCUCUUACAAAUGGAAAACUCUACAAAACAUACACUAGAGCUGCUCUAGGGCUUCACUAUAUCGCGCGUUCACUAUAUCACUCUUAUCAAAGCCGAGGAGGAGCUGGACAGGAGAGAAGAGACUCCGAGAGUUGUGCCGAUGUCUGAUUGUAAGAUUACCAUUGUUUCUAAAUCCCCCCCCAAAUUUGUUAGCCUUAGCCUCUCGUUAGUUGGAGUGGUCCCCGGGGGGGUCCAGGAGUUAGCUAUAAGUUGUCUCUGUUCUGGCGGCGGAACGCGGCGUUCCGGAUUCUCCCGCUACGUUACGUAUUUAUUUUAGCGCUUAAAUCGAUAAUUGUAAAUGCCACAGUGUAAGACCCAGAGCGAGGGAACGAGUCCCGAGAGAGAAAAGGAAAACAGGUGUGUGACAAAAGAAAACACGUAAAACUGUGCUCUGGUAAAUGUAUUAUUCGAACUAUGAAGUCACCGGCUAUGAAAUUCGGAAUUCGGGCCACACAGAGGGCCAAACACCUAAUAAAAUCAUAUGA